AACACUGCUAUAGGGAAUACUAGGCUACUUGGUUUUAUUAAUAUGUGAAUUGGGAUGAGGGUUCUUUAAAGAUACCCAAAGCAGUAUGCAUAAAAUAGUGAUACAUAAUAGUCACAUAUUAAUGAUCUUUUACAUUACAUAUUUAUGGGGGUUAAAGUUAAUUUGAGAACAGUUAAAAAAACAUAAUAAAAAGACAAUAAAUAACAAUUUAAAAUAGACAAUUACUAAUGAACCUCUAAGUCUGCUGCUUUUCUUUGUUGUUUACUGUACACAUCAGCUUCCUAAGAUCACAAACAAAAGUACUUUCUUGGAAAAUUACUUUUUGCAUUGGGUAAUUAAAGUGAACUUGUGUUUAUAAUCAGUACUCAUUAGAUUAUGAACAGUCAUGAAGUUAAUAGGUUCAUUAGUGCACAAUCUUUCAUUGAUAUAUACUGUAGCAUUGUUAUCAUACAAUAAAUGCUACCAAGAAACGCACAAAACAUGUCUUAUUUUUCUAAAGCCAGCGGACAUACACAUAUAUGUGCAAUGAUUGUGAUUUACUGUUUACUAUCCUCCAAGGAAUUACCAAUUAAAAUGUAUGCAUGGUAAUGGUGAAUGUAAUUAAACCUCAUGCAGAUGCAAAUGCAAAUUUCCGCAAGGCAUUUUCUGUGAUGAGAACAUAUGAACACCGGCAGCUGUGAGACCUGGUAGCCAAAACAAUUAUGGGACUCUUUUGAGGGCAUAGAGAAAGUCAUGUAUUUUUGUUAUGUUUAUUUGUGUUUUAAACUACACCAGAGAGAUACCAUUUGCCUACAGCCAUCAUAUAAUACAACCUUCCACCCGACCGUACUACAGUACCUCAUCCUCCCUCUCUGACCUAAUGCAUGUGUAUAUUCAGAUAUCUAUCUGCCUGUCUGAUAAUAUCUUUUCCACAUGACUCCUAUGCAUCUUUUGGAUUUAAAAUGCAGCCUUAACCAGAAACCAUUUGUUCUCACUGUGCAUCUGGGCUUGUGGUACCCGAAAGGCACUUCACAGCUUUAUAUGAGAUGUAAUCUAGCAGAAUGGAGCCCCUGGCAUGCACAGAGAUGGCAUCGUACUGUGAUCAGAAUGCGUCUAUGUCCUUGCUCUUAUUGCAGGGGUGGAGGGAAAUGUUUAGGGUGGAGCCCGCCUGGCCAACUGAUGACAACUAAAUCACACAGCGGGGCUUUAAAAUGAUGAUGGGUGUCAGAAAGUGAAAGGGUGAUUUUGUGUCCAAAGGCUAUAGUGAUAGUAUAGUAAUAGUAAAGACUGAAACUAGUGAUAUAAGACAGAGAUAUUUUAUUCAUGAAGGUUUUCAUUUGUUUCUCUCAUCAUGGAGUUGUUUUGAGGUAUGGGCGCUAUUCAUUUUGCAGCAGUAAGCUUAGAUGAGCUUUAGUAAGCCAUUGUGUCUAAACACAGACAGGAAAUUCCUGAGGGCUGGCAGAUUUGAUGGACUACAAAGCCAAAGCAGACACCCAGAUGGGUAGUUGUUUAAUCUCCAGGAUCAGCGACCAAUCAUACGGCAGAACAGAAAAAAACUUGGGAAAACGUCACAUGGCACGUUUCACUCACUGCCGAUGUCGACACUUUCUCUCCGUGAGCUCAUCAAAAUCACAUUAUCUUUCCCCCCGAAUAAUGUAUACACUCCAAUGCCUGAAAAACAAAUUCCAUGAUUCACUGCAAUGAUGAUGUUUUAUGUUUCAUUAUGAGCAAUGGUUCAUUAACUAUAGCCGCUCUCAUUAUUUCCAUAUACAAUAUCCAUUAUAUAUCAAAUCCUGGACGUGAUGUUUAUGCAACAAGUGAAGAAAGUGGUUUUGAACUAAUGUUAUUUUUUGGCUGUCUAUCACAACAAUCUCAUAUUGCAGUGCAACUAUUGUUUUGUAUUUUUACAUUAAGUGCCGUGUUUUGUUAUGCAUGAACUCAAAGCUCGCACACAAAAGCCUUGAUCCUAUAAAACCUCAUCCCUCACGUGGUGUCACCAUCUCUUUAAAUGAUCUCUCUGCUCCAAAACAAAUCCAGCUGGAAGCUGAUCAAUACGCAGCGCUGCAGAAAAGAUGACAUUACGGUUUGAGGCUUUCUGUCCUGAUGGUCUGUGUCCAGGAUGGUCUUUCCUUCUGAAGGGAGAAACCCCAGCAGAAGCCAACAAGUUUGAGAUUAAUUUCCUGUGUGACAGGGAUGACAGAAUAGCCUUCCACUUCAAACCUUGCUUCACUGAGUCAGAUAUCAUCUGCAACUACUUCAUGGCAAACAACUGGGGAAAAGAAGAGAGAUGCAGCAAUUUUCCCUUUAGGCUAAAAGAGCCUUUCCAGAUUGAAAUCUACUCUGACAACGAAUACUUUUAUGUUUACGUUGACGACACCAAGAUUAUGCAAUAUAAGCACCGCGUGGAAGACCUUAAGAACAUCACUAAAGUACAAGUGGUUAAUGACGUCAAUAUCUCAUCUUUAGAGAUCACCAAAAAACAUUAUUACUGAGGCUGUGUAUUAAGUGUGUGACAUGUUGAGCGCUAUGACAGCUACACAAGCAGUGUACCACUUUAUUCCUGGUAAAUGUGUGGUUAUCUGUAUUGAUGUGCCUUCAUAUUCAUAAAAACCUAAGAAUAAAUUCAAUGUUUGAAUAGA